UUUUUUAAAAAAUGGAAAUAAACCAGAGGAGCAUCCUGCCGUUUGGUUUCGGCAAUUGUAACUAUAAAUAGCUGAAUAAAUUCUUCAGAAGAUGAACCCUAAACAUGGAGAAGAAGCAGCACAAAGUUGCAGAAAAGAAAGGGGGUGAUGAAGCUGAACAACAACUUGUACAAGUGAAGAAGAGGAAACGUAAAGAAGUUUUUCCGUUCGGAAAUUACAAAAAUUACUACGGCUAUCGUAUUGGCGGGGGCUUUGAUGAAGAUCCGCGUCUUAAGGUUUUUAAGAAGGAGUGGUUUCAAGAUAAAAAGUGUCUCGACAUUGGUUGUAACAGUGGCAUUAUAACUAUUCAAAUCGCUAAAAAGUUUCGGUGCCGAAGUAUUCUUGGAAUUGACAUUGAUUCCAAUCGAGUUGAGGAUGCAUAUUGGCACCUUAGGAAAAUUGUGAAAAAGGAAAAGGAUGAGAGAAAUCGUGCUCAGGCUUCCAGAUUGGAUGUUUCAGGGAAUACAGAUGGUCGUCAGCUUGGGUUAACUGUUAUUGCCAAUGCAGAGGAGGAAGUUUCAAAAGAUUGUUCUCCUCUUGUAGAAAGGGAUCUGCAUGACAUAGUUUCCUUCCAACAAGAAAAUUUUGUUCAUAGUCAACAUCCAUUACAGAGUCAGUAUGAUACAAUUCUGUGUUUGAGUGUAACGAAAUGGAUUCAUUUGAACUGGGGUGAUGAUGGAUUGAUAACUUUGUUUACAAGGAUAUGGAGACUUCUUCACCCGGGUGGCAUAUUUGUGUUGGAACCCCAACCUUGGCGAUCAUAUGAAAAGAACCGUCGUGUGUCUCAGACCACUGCUGCCAAUUAUCAAAAUAUUGUCUACCAUCCUGAGCAGUUUCAGGAAAUUCUUCUGGAUAAGAUUGGAUUUAGAAGGGUGGAAGUCAUCACUUCUGAUGGCUUAUCAGACAGCAAAACUGGAUUUGACAGACCGAUAUUUGCAUUUCAAAAAUGACUCAGCAUGUAGAGUUGCUGCUUCUGCCCAACUUGUCUGUCAGAUGCAACUAAUUUAUUUCUUUUUUAAGGCAUAGUAUGUGUAAAUUUCUUUGAAUUUGACCAGUUGUUAGAAUGUUGCUGCUGCCUAACACAAUUCUGUACACAGUUUUACAACCGGGGAGAUCUGAAAUAUGUUGGAUCAUUUGUGCUUUGUGGCUAUAGAUCAUGCAUUUCGGCAUUGUGUUUUUGCUGUAAUAAUUGGGAUUGGCAAAUUUCUGAAGCAGAAUACCAAGUGUUCGAUGUUAUACUGAUUUGAAGGCAACUUGCGUAUCAGGUAUGAAGUGUUGAUGUAAAUUGGUAGAUUUGACCUGGAUAUUGUCAUGGUCAACUUCAGUGUAAAUAACAAUUGGAAGAAGAAUCCAUUACUAGUAAAGGUCACAUAUUUCUUAAUCCGAAAA